AUGUGCAGUGCUAGGAACAGCAAAGAUACUGCGCAGAACCCUCAAGCUCCCUGGCCUCUGGUAGAGGACCCAAGCUUAGAGAGGGAUAACCGCCCGCGGAGGGCCAAAGGGACGCAGCAGGACACUUCUAAUCCAUGCAUCAUAGCGCCAACUGGCUUCAGCGACUUCGACAAAGCUAAAGGGAAACGCCACUCACAGAAAAAGCUGCGGGAGUUCAGUAGCAACGCUCUGCAGUGA